AAUCUUAAUUAACCGGAGGAGCAACGCGACGCUAAAGAAUUGAGCAUGUUAAUAUGUUAAUUGGAAGCAAUCAAUGUGCCUGAAGCCCUCGCUCGAAUCGAACGCGAACGGAAGCGAUCCCGUGGAGUCCGCAUCGGAAGAGCGGUUAGUCUAGCGAUGGAAGCCAUGGAGGAGGAACGCAACGAGAAGAAGGUGCUCUGCGAGAAGAUCAUUCGGGACAUCAAUGCGGUGUUCCUCAAGGAUCAGGAUCUCGCCUCCUUCGAGAUCAUUCCCAAGGAGACCAAUUGCAACAAGUCUCCGGUGGUGCAUGUGGAGCACAAUCUGGGUCUGGAGUCGUGGUGUGCCCAACAUGUCUACGAUCAUGCCCAUCGAACUCUUAUCUCACACCGGCGUCAGUCGUCGCAGCAGCAGCUACGAACCCUUCAGCAGCAGCAGCAGAGCGAUGUUCUGGCCAAGUACCUGAAUGUGGCGCUGCUAAUAAAUCCCGAUGUAACCACCUUCUGGCACAUCCGCCGCCAGCUGGUGCAAAAGAAUCGGCUGAGCAUCAACAAGGAGCUGCAGUUUUCUGCCCUGGUGCUCUCCAUCAAGCCAAAGUCCAACGAGGCGUUCGCAUAUCGGCGUUGGCUCUACUCCUUUCAAAGUGCCGAUGCCAUCGACUGGCCUAAUGAGAUUGGCAUUUGCGAGCGGGCGGCCGACCGCUGUGCCAGCAACUACCACGCCUGGUCGCACCGCCAGUGGAUCCUGCAGAGCGGCCCGUGUCUGCUGCAAUCGGAGUUGCUGCGGACGGAGAAGUUUAUGCGGAAGCACAUCAGCGACUACAGCUGCUACCAUUAUCGCCAGGUUCUCCUUGGUCGCGCCUACGAGCUCUGCUUCGCCCUGCCCACCGACCCUGGGCCCAAUUGCCCGUCCCCGUUGGCUAGUCUGCAGCAGCUGCUGGCCAACUAUGGCCUGAAGGGGGCAGACAAGGCGGAGGACAUGCUGGAGCUGCUGCUGCCCAAAAUGGAUCGCAAUGCGGUAAGCAGCCAGAGGCUACGCUCCUUUCUCUAUUGUUGCAAUGUGGCCGCCAGCGAUAUGCGCCUGUGCGCGGAGCAGCAAGCCAUGUACGGGCCCCGGGAUUGCUUCGAGCUGCAUCGCCGGGCUGCGCUCAAAUUCAUUGUGGAGCAGUGCGUUCGCCUCGAGGCAGGCAUGGGAGCGGCCCAUUCAGUGACGGCGGAUGACUUGCAAGCACAUUUGAGGCAGCUGGACUUUGAGUCGCAUCCCUUUCUGGCCGCCGUGCGACGGGAGGAGUCGGCGCUGGGCGCCAAGCACCGACGCUGGUGUAACCUUCAUCUGAGCUUCGGCUAUCCGGCGGAUUAGUCAUCGGUCGGCGGGACCUGAAACAUUGUGAAAAGCUCAAAGCUGCGGAUCAAGUAGUUUCUCGCGGCGCGGAGGAACUCAAAUCAAUCUACCCCAUAGGAUUACGUACUCUCUCUUCGUCUGGUCCCGUUCCCGUCCUGGAUUCGUCUUCAAUUGGAACCAGAUCGAUGCGGCUAUUGAAGCUCAUACAAAAUGCAUCCUAAGGAAAAUCUUGUCGAAGGAAAAAAGGAGGAAGCUAUUGUAAUGGAUCGAGAAACGGGAAACGGGAUCAGGACUCUAUAUAUACUCUCUCUAUAUAUAUUUAUGUAUAUGUAUAUGUAUAUGUAUU